AUGAGGGGCAGAGGAGGAGCAGAGGAGGAGCAGAGGAGGGGCAGAGGAGGGGCAGAGGAGGGGCAGAGGAGGAGCAGAGGAGGGGCAGAGGAGGAGCAGAGGAGGGGCAGGGGAGGAGCAGAGGAGGGGCAGAGGAGGAGCAGAGGAGGAGCAGAGGAGGAGCAGAGGAGGAGCAGAGGAGGAGCAGAGGAGGGGCAGGGGAGGAGCAGAGGAGGGGCAGAGGAGGAGCAGAGGAGGAGCAGAGGAGGAGAAGAGGAGGGGCAGAGGAGGAGCAGAGGAGGGGCAGAGGAGGAGCAGAGGAGGGGCAGGGGAGGAGCAGAGGAGGGGCAGAGGAGGAGCAGAGGAGGGGCAGAGGAGGAGCAGAGGAGGGGCAGAGGAGGGGCAGGGGAGGAGCAGAGGAGGGGCAGAGGAGGAGCAGAGGAGGGGCAGAGGAGGAGCAGAGGAGGGGCAGAGGAGGAGCAGAGGAGGGGCAGGGGAGGAGCAGAGGAGGGGCAGAGGAGGAGCAGAGGAGGAGCAGAGGAGGGGCCGAGGAGGGGCAGAGGAGGAGCAGAGGAGGAGCAGAGGAGGAACAGAGGAGGGUCAGAGGAGGAGCAGAGGAGGGACAGAGGAGGAGCAGAGGAGGAGCAGAUGAGGGGCAGAGGAGGGGCAGAGGAGGAGCAGAGGAGGAGCAGAGGAGGAGCAGAGGAGAAGAGGAGGAGAAAAGGAGGAGCAGAGGAGGGGCAGAGGAGGAGCAGAGGAAGAGGCUUCUGCAGGAGGAUUGGCUGCUAUCUAACUUCACACAAUAUCGCAAGCAAAGAGAGAGGAGGAGAGGAGGGAGAGGAGAGUGAGGAGAGUGAAAAAAAGAGAGGAGAGAAGAGGGGAGAGAGAUGGGGAGAGAGGAGGGAGGAGAGAGGAGAGAAAAGAGAGGGGAGAGAAGAGAGGAGAUAA